GUCAUACAGAUUUUGAACGUCAACAAAAAUGUUUACUGUGAAAAACAAUGCAUUCAUGGAAAGCAUUAGCGAUAGUUAUCAUUGAAGUUGUAUUGUGUACAGAGGGGUUUACAGGGCAUUUUAGGAAUGUGCCAGAAGAUGUGGAAGUAAGCAACGAACAAAUAGUUGAAGUACCAGUUGAUAGUUUUUUCGGAGUAUUUAAUGACCCGCUAGGCAACAUUGGGCAACAAGAUGAUGAUAGUAGAUUUCCUAGAAACUGGCUACGAACAGAUACUGAAACCAGAAUAAAGAAAAAGCGGAAACCCCAAAAAGAACAUAAAGAUCACAAUCGUCCAAGGUUGGAAUUAUUACAUUUACUUAAAGAAAAGAUGAGGCUACAUGACAUUAAGGGGAUUUCUGGGAAGGAAAAGAACAGAGACAGGAAAGAUGAUAACAUUUGGGCAGAAAAAGUGAAUACUACUAAUUCAUCUCCUGCUGUUUUACAACCGGUGAAACCAUCUAAAUGGAGACUAUUUCUUUACGAUCAUAGUCUUUGGUUUGGAAUAGCAGUAGGGGCUACAAUUUCUUUAGCAGUAGUGAUGUUAAGUUUACUCACUUACAAUUUCAUUCAGAAGAACCGAAGACGAAACUAUUGUGUAGACCUGAACAACUUGAGCCUGUGUACUCUAGGGAACGGGAAUCAAAAGAAAGAACCAGUAUAUGUACGUCUGUCUCAACUCCAUAAUACAAGACAUAAGAAACCCGGAGAGUAUAUAGUGAGUGUUAUGGACCAGUCAAACAAUUUUUCAGUUUGCUCCGAAGAGUCUAGCUCGGAGGAAGAAAUGUUUCAUAUAUCUGAUAUUCAACGUAUGAAACCUCUAAAGAAAAGCGCAUCUAAAAUAAGUAUGACUUCAACACCAGUAAAGAUGACGCCUGCGCAGCACAUUGAAAAUUUAGGAACUCCGGAGAAAACCAGAAUUGAAUCACCUGUGGCCUCACCGAUUAUCACUGACCAAGAAGAAGAAGAAGACGAGGACUGAUUUGGCAAAUAAUCAUUAUAUAUUAUGUAUAUAUGUACUUGUUAUAAUCUCAUUAAAUUGAUGUUAUGAA